UUGUGAUGACAGGAGGAGCUGAGCGCCGAGGAGCAGCAGGUGAAUCUUUAACAGUUCCUAGUUUAUCACCGUCCCAACAGUAAAUAACUGACAGACACUGUACGCGAAAAUGAUACGCUGUAUACCGGUUCCUCUUUCCAAAUUAAAAUAAUAUUAACAGCUCAGAGUGGACAAAAAGACGCCACCACGCCGCCGGAGCCUGGAGCCUGGAUUUAGCAGGUCAGUUGCUGUGAGAGAGGGAACCUCAGAGUGGCAGCCAUGUUUUCGGCGGAGGAGAUUCUGAGCAACACGCAGCAGGUGAUCGCCGGGCUGGAGGCGCUGAGAGGAGAGAACCGCAGUCUUUUGGACAACCUGCAGGAGGCGCUGGAGAGCCGGGCGGCGCCUGAGAGCGGCAGCGUGGAGCAGGAGAAGAGCGGCAUCAUCCGCCAAUCACUGGAGAGGAUCGAGCUGGGGCUGAGCGAGGCACAGGUGAUGAUGGCGCUGUCGGCUCAUCUGGGCUCUCUGGAGGCGGAGAAACAGAAGCUGCGUGCUCAGGUGCGGCGCUUCUGUCAGGAGAACCAGUGGCUGAGGGAGGAGCUGGCAGGAGCCCAGCAGCGCCUGCAGGACAGGGAGCAGGAGGUGGUGACCCUGGAGGAGCAGAACAGACACCUGCAGUUCAUGUCCUCCAUACGCAAGUACGACCUGGACGAGCCGCAGCUGGAUGACAAAGACGCGUCUUCAACCAAAGAGUCCCUGGAUGACCUCUUUCCUACUGAGGAUGAGGAGCAGUCACAGAUGUCCCAGCCUCACCACAGCAGUGCAGCGGCGGCAGCGCAGCAGGGGGGGUACGAGAUCCCCGCCCGGCUGCGCACCCUGCACAACCUGGUCAUCCAGUACGCCUCCCAGGGCCGCUACGAGGUCGCUGUGCCGCUCUGCAAACAGGCUCUGGAAGACCUAGAGAAGUCCUCAGGUCACACACACCCAGACGUAGCCACCAUGCUGAAUAUACUGGCGCUGGUGUACAGAGAUCAGAACAAAUACAAAGAAGCAGCCAGCCUGCUGAACGAUGCGCUGGCCAUCAGAGAGAGGACUCUGGGGAUGGACCAUCCCGCUGUGGCAGCAACGCUCAACAACCUGGCAGUGCUUUAUGGGAAAAGAGGCAAAUACAAAGAAGCAGAGCCGCUGUGUAAAAGAGCUCUGGAGAUCAGAGAGAAAGUGUUGGGCACUGAUCACCCCGAUGUGGCCAAGCAGCUGAACAACCUGGCCCUGCUGUGUCAGAACCAGGGGAAGUACCAGGAGGUGGAGCAGUACUACGAGCGCGCUCUGCACAUCUACCAGAGCAAGCUGGGCCCGGACGACGCCAACGUGGCCAAGACCAAGAACAACCUGGCAUCGUGCUAUCUGAAGCAGGGGAAAUACAGACAAGCUGAGUCUCUGUACAAAGAGAUCCUGACCCGAGCACAUGAGAAGGACUUUGGAUCUGUGGAAGGGGACGGUCGUCCCAGCUGGUCCGGGACAGAGGACGGUGAGGCGGGUCAGGACGGGCUCAGUAACCUGAGGCGCAGCGGAUCCUUCACCAAACUCAGAGAGUCGAUACGGAGGAGCAGCGAGAAGCUGGUCCGCAAGCUGAGAGGAGUCGGAAUGGAGGACAAUAUUCAGAGCAACGCUGGGAUGAAGAGAGCGAACUCUCUGAAUGUGCUGAAUGACCGGGACAGAGAGAGUCAGGACGAGGCCCAGUCGAGCCGCUUGGCAGAUGUUCGAGGACUGAGCUCCAGCACACAGAGCCUGACGAGAAGAGGCUCACUGGGUGGUACCAGUUAACACACACACACACACACACACACACACACACACACACACACACACACACACACACACACACACACACACACACACACACACACACACACACACACACACACACACACACACACACCACACACACACACACACACACACACACACACACACACAACACACACACACACACACACACACACACACACACACACACACAGCUAUCGCUCUCAUCAGGUGUUCUACACUAAAGUGAUUCCCCACUUUUGGAGAUAGUUGUCGCAACUGCAGACUUUGUCAAUAAUCUAAUGUGUACAAAUAUUCCUAAUUGAAAGAAUGUAUGAUGUAAUCUAAGCUAUUGAGAACAUUUCAGUUAGCACAAUAAUGACAUGUUUGUCUCUGGUGAUGACAAUUGUCUCCAGAAAGCGGUUAGAACAUCUCCUUCCUUCCUGCUCACUGAAGAGGUCAUCUCAUUAUGUCUAGUUUUAUUGAACUCAGUUUCCAAAUGUCCUCACCAGGACUAAGACUGUUAGAAAACAGUGUUCUAUAUUUCAUUUCUUUAUUUGAACCAUGUCAUUAGCAGAUUAACAAUAGAAUUUCAUCUUUCAUAUUAGUAACAUUUCUAUUAACAACAUUAUUUAUGUUUAAAUGCUCUGGAGACAAACACUCGUAUCGACAUUAAGAUUGAUCAUGUUUAUACAUUUUUAUAAAUUCACAGAAAUGUAAAGUUGUUUGCACGAUAAUCAAAACUAUGAUGCGUUGUCAAAAUAUAAAAUACUGUUGCAUUUGGUUUACAAGGGAGAAGUGAAGCUAUGACGUUGGAACUGUUUGAGUUCUUUAAAUGUGUGUUGCCUUUAUGAUGUGCAGGUCCUUCUGAUCAUGUUGUUCAGCUGCUUUGCUACCCAGUCCACUUUUGACAUUCCACACUACGAGAAUAAGGACCAACUUUUUUAAACUUGAAUAAAAACAAACUAGCUGCACAAAAUGAACACAUAUAAGAUUUUUUAAAUUGUACUAUUGAAUAUGGAUAUUUUUGCACAUUGAUCAAAAAUAUAUGAAUAUAUAUUAACUGACAAUCAAACUCUUAAGCUGUGGUAAAUCAAUCAAUACUUGAAUAUUAAAGUACUAAAGUGCACACUUCCAUAUCCAGCAAUUAUGUGUCAGAGUUCGAACUCUAUUCAGAAAAGUGUAUAACAAAAGUACUGCUGUGUGCCUGAGUCGGUGUUUAACUCAAAUCUGAGACCAGCUCAAAGGCAGGAGAAGGAUCUCUGACUCUGAGCGCUGUCAAAUCAAAGAAAGUGGAAACCAUGACAUACAGCAGAUGUUAGAGCAAGACUGUAUAGAAAAGGCUCUAUGCUGUACACAUUCAGCAAUUAUCCUUGUGUGUAAGUUCAGAAAUGUGUCAGACAAGCUUUGACAAUCCAACAUGACAAUAUGUGUCCAGAGCCAAAAGCAGACAGAUAUACUUCUAGCAGCUGAAGGGCAACCCAGAGACACAAGGGGCCACGAGUCUGCCCAUAUAACACUGCAACUGAAACAAAUAUCCAAUGUGGGAAUUCAUAUUCAUUCCUAAACUGAAUCAAAAAUAAUAUUCAACCUGAAAAACCUUUUCAUAUUAUCUUUUUUAAAACAUUCAAUUUACUUUUAUUCAGGAUCAAACUUUCAGAUUGUUAUUUUUCACAUGAUCAACAUUGUUGGCCUGGAUCUAUCUCCAUAGUAACCCUGGCUGAGUGUGACUGAGGAACACAUUUAAGGUGCCAACGUAAUGUCUGUCACUGAUGCUCAUUCUCUGAAAGGCCUGAAAUCCAUAACUAGCUGCAUCAUACUAUUGAAAAUAGUAAACUAGCUUUUAAUUUAACAUGUCAUUUCAUUGUGAUCUUUUUAUAGAAAGACUUACCUCCAACUGGUGAUAUGACUACAACACAGCAUGGACUAAAAGCACUUAAUAACUAUAAUUGUAUGCAUACUCAAACCUCUGGAACGUUCAAAGACAUGGACGCAAAAACAGAGAGUGCUGCUUGGAAAUCUUCCCUCACUGAAAACAGCAUUACAUACUUGAUGACGUGGUUUCCCACGGUGGAGAACUACUGAUUAUCUGCUGUGGCAGAGGAUGUAGGGCUGAACGCGCACACUAGUACCUGUAGAAGCUAGUUUGAUAUGAAACACGUGUGAGAAUGUUACGUAUACAAUGGGGAAAGAAGUAUGUAGAAAGUGGAAUAUAUCUCCUGAUGCUGUUUAUUCUGGUAAAUAUGUUUGUAUUUUAUAUUUGCAAACCUGAGCUGAAAUAAAUGACCUUAAGAUGUAA